GCGGAGUCUCGCGGCGGCCGUUUGGCCAUGGCGCACCGCUACCUGCUGCUGUCGCGGGGCUGCUGCCGGCGCCGGGGCCUGCCCAGGUUCCUGACGCUGCAGCAGCUGCUCUCGGGCCGGGGCCCCUCCGGGCCAGGGCCGGGGCCGGCGCAGCUCCAUGAACAAGUUACCACUAGAGUGACUACUAACAAAGGUACUAUCUUGGCAAGCGUAAUUGCUGCUUACAGAAGACUCUUCUCCCAACCUCCUAAAGGAUUUGAAAAGUAUUUUCCUAAUGGAAAGAAAACUAAUGAAUCCAAAGGAUCAGCUGGAGAAACAAAAGAAGCAAAGGAGACUAAUGCCCAGCGACCUCCUGGGAGCAACAGUGGUGGAGGAGGAGGUGGAAAAAGAGGUGGCAAGAAAGAAGACACUGGAUGGUGGGCCAGAUUACAGAAGGGUGACUUUCCGUGGGAUGACAAAGAGUUCCGGUUUUACUUCAUGAGCAGUUCCAUUUUCUGGGCUACUGUUACAUAUUACUUUUUCUUCAGGAACUCUGGCAGAGAAAUCACUUGGAAGGAUUUUGUCAAUAAUUACCUUUCUAAAGGAAUGGUGGACAGACUAGAAGUAGUGAACAAGCGCUUUGUUAGAGUGGUCUUUACCCCAGGAAAGUCUCCCAUGGAGGGGCAAUAUGUCUGGUUUAAUAUUGGUAGUGUGGACACUUUUGAGCGGAAUCUGGAAACUGCACAGCUAGAGUUCGGAAUAGAAGGGGAGAACAGAUUACCUGUAGUCUACUCAGCAGAAAGUGAUGGCUCGUUUCUUCUGAGCAUGCUGCCCACAGUCCUUAUAGUUGGCUUCUUAUUGUACACGUUAAGACGAGGGCCCGCUGGCAUGGGUCGAACAGGGCGAGGAAUGGGUGGACUCUUCAGCGUAGGUGAAACUACAGCCAAGGUCUUAAAGGAUGAAAUAGAUGUAAAGUUCAAAGAUGUAGCUGGCUGUGAAGAGGCCAAAUUAGAAAUAAUGGAGUUUGUUAACUUUCUGAAAAACCCCAAGCAAUAUCAGGAUCUAGGAGCAAAAAUCCCUAAGGGGGCCAUUCUGACGGGUCCUCCAGGCACUGGGAAAACACUUCUAGCUAAAGCUACAGCAGGGGAAGCUAAUGUUCCUUUCAUUACAGUCAAUGGCUCCGAGUUCUUAGAGAUGUUUGUCGGUGUGGGUCCAGCUAGAGUCCGUGAUUUAUUUGCUCUGGCCCGUAAAAACGCCCCUUGCAUUCUCUUCAUUGAUGAAAUAGAUGCAGUAGGAAGGAAGAGAGGACGGGGAAACUUUGGAGGGCAAAGUGAACAAGAAAACACACUCAACCAACUUCUAGUAGAAAUGGAUGGAUUUAACACUACCACAAAUGUAGUCAUUUUGGCAGGCACCAAUAGACCAGAUAUCUUAGAUCCUGCGCUAAUGAGACCAGGGCGCUUUGAUAGACAGAUCUACAUUGGACCUCCAGAUAUAAAGGGAAGAGCAUCUAUUUUCAAAGUUCACCUCAGGCCCCUGAAACUAGAAAGCAUCAUAGAUAAAGAUAAUCUGGCAAGAAAACUUGCAUCAUUAACUCCUGGGUUUUCGGGUGCUGACAUUGCUAAUGUUUGUAAUGAAGCUGCUUUGAUCGCUGCAAGACACCUUUCAGAUGCCAUAAACCAAAAGCACUUUGAGCAAGCAAUUGAACGAGUAAUAGGAGGUUUGGAAAAGAAAACGCAGGUACUGCAACCUGAGGAGAAAAAGACAGUAGCAUAUCAUGAGGCAGGCCAUGCAGUAGCAGGAUGGUUUCUGGAACAUGCUGACCCACUCUUAAAGGCAUCCCAAACUCCUACAACUUAUGCAGAAGACUAUUAAACAUGGAGACCCUCCUUGCCAAUAAAUGGAGAAAGGAUGUCAAGAGUUCUGUACACCCUGUCACAGGAUACUUAAUACUAAAAAGACUUAAAGUUCCUUACUAUCACCAAAUCAAAUUUACUUGAUUUAAAUAUGUUUGAAUCUUCGUUGACUGAAUAAAAUAUUAGGACACAUUAUAAUUGCUGUAUCCCAGGUAUAAAUAUUAUAAUAUUUUCCAGAUACUUUCCUUAGCUGUUGAUAUCCCAGGUUAGGAUCAUCCACAUCAGAAGUCUGUUUCAUAGUUUGAAAGGGGUAUGUCUGAAGUCUUAUGCUGUCACAAAUUCUAAGCUUACCAUUAAAUCUGAAGGCUGUGGUUUUCUUCAAGUGCUCGCUCAUGUCCAUUCCAUAUUAGGUGUGUGCUCGCCACAUGCACCAGUGCCGGAAGAUUUUCCUUAACAGUGUCCAGAGGAGACCAGCUCUGGCACCCUCUUGAGUGGUGCCCGCAUGGCACAGUGUAAGGGGCGCUACUGGCUCCCCCAAACCUCAGUUCCUUCUUGUCGCCAGUGAUGAUGCUGGAACAUCCGCUGCUUCAGCUAGCGUUGUUUCGUUCUCUGUUCUUGCAAACUUUGAAAACCUGUAAUAUAAUUGUAUAUAGUUACUAGUUUCUUAGUUACUCUUAGUAGUAGUUCUCAACUCUUCAUUAGUCCCAAACGGGACUCAGCCGGGGAACAGGGCAUGCCCCAGUCUCCAGGCUUUAAGCCCUGUGAUGGCUGCAAACAGCCUAUGCCCAUCAGUGAUCCACAUACCAGCUGCCUAAGGCGCUUAGGCAAAGGGCAAAUAAGUGACAAGUGCCAUAUCUGCAAGUCCUUUAAGUCUAAGACAAAGAAGGAGUGCUAUAUUCAUCUGAAAUUGCUCCUAAUAGAGUCGGCACUCGGGCACUGGAGCAGUGGUCUGACUCUGCACUGAGCACCACAGCCUCCGUGCCAGUGCUCUGCCAGCACUGUCCAUGAGCCAGUUCCGGUAAAGAAGCUGAAAAAAAGUGUGAGGAGAAGAUCUCCUACCUCCUGUAAGAGAAAUGAGAGGGCUGGGCAUGAGCCACAACCCAUGCUGGGCAGCUCAACGCCCCCGUUGGGAACUCAGGCUCCAGCUCAGGUCAAGCUGUGCAGCCCAUCCCAUACUUCACCUGUGACUCUGUAGCGCUGCAGGCCCUGACCAGCUUCAGGUGCUGUUGACACCCAAAGCCAUUAAAGCAGCUCAGGAGAGCCUGACACUCCUGGUGCCGCCUACACCUGCUCCAGCAGUACCCCAGUCUCAGGGAGAACCUGGGUUGAGACUUAUGCGUGUGUCCCCACCUCAGCGGCACCGAUUUCUAUUGAGGGGGAUGUCCCACCAUUGCUCGCCCACCCGAAGCUGUCACGCCUCAGGACUACAGAGACAGGCUUGGUGGAGCCCUCUUCGAUCUCUGCGUGGGGGGCACCAAUCAAGGGACUCAAGAUCUACCUUGCCGGUAGACUGGCACAGACCCUCUGAGGCACACACCACCCAGCAAGAACUUCUGGACCAGCUGCCUGUUUCUAAGGGCCCGGUACCGAUCUUGGGAGCAAUCGAGGAUCAGAUAUCACCAGGCCAUUAUUGCCCAUCUCCAGGCAGUAGGUCACCUUACUCAGGAAGGUCCUCACGGCGACUAGCCAGUAUUGGCUCCCUGUCUCAUUCAGUGACCCGGUACUAUUCGUGUAGCGUGAGGCAUGGAUCAACGGGUGUCCGAGGCAGGUCCGCUGAACGCUGUAGGUCCCCGAGAUGCUGGGCUUAUUCAGACAGGUUGACGUCGAGACGCAGUGGCCGGCACCAGUCAGACAAGAGUCGCUGCCAGAUCCUGGUCACCCGUUACCAACUGCUCCAUUUAUAUCUCUGACACAAGCAAGGUUCCCUGACUGCAGGACAAGCCCCAGUACCGACAGUACUGCCUACAUCAUCAGCACCAAAACCUAUCCCAUGGCCCCAAGUGCAGUGGCUGGUGCCAUGGUACCCGUGGAACCUUUGAGGGUUCACCCAACCUUCCCAGGCUGCCCAAUUGGUGUUGGGAGCCUCAGAGAGGCCAGCAACCUCAAAAUCCCAUUCCCUUCUGGUGCUCCAGACUUUGCAGGGUAAGACCCCACAGGUCCAGGAGGACCCAGGAGAGCAAGGUGCUGGACCACCAAUGGACAUGGAGGUUUCUGUGGCACCAGCAUCAUCCUUGUCGUCGCCAGAUGAGGCUAUCAUGGGGCCCCCUCGCUCAGUUCCUUGGGAUGACGCCAAGCACACCAGGAACUUUUGAAGAGGGUCACUUCUAAACUGGGCCUUCGGGCAGAGGAAUUGAUAGCUCAGGUCUGCUAAACCUAGGAUUGUUGGUUCAAUCCUUGAGGGGGCCACUUAGGGAUCUGGGGCAAAAAUCUGUCUGGGGAUUGGUCCUGCUUUGAGCAGGUGAUUGGACUAGAUGACCUCCUGAUAUUCCCUUCCAACCCUGAUAUUCUAUGACUCUGUGAAUUGAAAGAGCCCAUGGACUCUGUUUGACAUCUUCUCCUUGUCGGCUCCUGCCAGGGUGUGUCUGUCCCUUCAUGAAGGAGUUUCCAAAAUCACUAACGCUUUGUGGCAGACUCCCUCUCUUCCCUGGCCCCUAUCUCAAAAAUUGCCGAACGCAAGUACUUAUACUCCCACCCUUCCCCCAAUUCCCUUGUGGUUGAGGUGAUUAACCACAAAGAGAGACCAGGACAACCCGGGGCCACCCUCAAAAAUAGACUCAAGGAGGCUAGAUCUCUUUGAAUGUAAGGUUUAUUCAUCUUCCAGCCUUCAGCUGAGAGCGGCCAACCACUAGGCCCUCCUUGGCCGAUACGACUUCAAUAUGUGGCAAGCCAUGACCGAGUUCAAAGGGUCGGUCCCCGAGACUUCUAAGAAGGCGUUCCGAGCAAUCCUCGAUGAGGGCAUGACCAUGGCCAGGGCAGCCCUCCAGGUGGCAUCUGAUGCUGCUGCCCGCACCAUGGCUUCCGCUAUCUCCAUGCGGCGAGCCUCCUGGCUGCUCCUGCCUGGGUUGUCUACUGAGUCCCAGCAGUCAAUGCAGGACUUUCCCUUCGACAGCCAAGCUCUAUUUGUGGAUCAAAGAGACAGCAAGUUGCAUGGCCUCAGUGACUCCCACACCACUCUGAAAAUCCUGACUUUCUAUGUCCCAGCCCUGGCACAUAAGCAUUUUGAGGGCACAUCUGAAGGUGACCUACCAGACCAUUCUCCAGAUCCAUCUGUCCCAAUGUUCUCCAAUCACCUUUCCCUUUUCCUCCCUGCUUGGACCGCUGGCUCCUCAGCACAGUGGAGCAUGGUUAUACCCACCAGUUCCUUUCUGUCCCCCUCUUCUCACCUGCCCUCUCUCUUCAGGGACCCCUCUCACAAGAGUCUUCUAGCAGAGGAGGUAAAGGGGUUGCUACAGCUGGAUGCAGUGGAAGAAGUUCAUCUCGAUUACAGAAACAAGGGGUUCUCUUCCCAGUACUUUUUAAUCCCAAAGGCCAAGGGUGGUCUACAGCCCAUCUUAGACUUGCGAGACCUCACCAAGUACCUAGGGAAGCUAAAGUUCCACACAGUCUCUCUGGCUUCUGUUAUUCCCUUCCUGGAUCCGGGAGACUGGUAUGCCGCUCUCGACUAGAAGGACACAUACUCCAGUUUACGAUGGGCCCCACCACUACUAGUUUGCAGUCCUCCCAUUCAGCCUGGUGACGGCAUCAGGGGUGUUUACCAAGUGCCUGUCGGUGGUAGCAACUUACCUCAGUCGCUGGGGUAUCCAGAUCUACCUGUACCUCUGACUGACUCAUCAAGGGCAGCUCCAGGUCUCAAGUCCAAAGGCAUGUCGCGGUACUUCAAGCUACGUGCCGCUUUCUUGGCCUACUGGUAAAUGACAAAAAGUCAACAUUAGUGCCACUGCAGAGGAUAGAGUUCAUUGGAGCAGUCCUCGACUCGACUUGCACCAGAGUGUUCCUGCUGCUGAAAACGUUCAGACAUUGAUUAACUUCAUCAUGGAAGUCUCCGCAUUCCCUCUAACUACAGCAGUCUGCAUCUGCUGGGCCACAUGGCAGCGUGCACUUAGGUGGUCCGCCAUGCCAAGCUCUGGAUGCUGCCUGCAACAAUGGCUGGGGACGGUCCUUUCCCAGUCCUGAAACCCCCUAGAGAAGAUCAUUACCAUUCCCCAGGUGAUACUUACCUUGCUGCAAUGGUGGACUGACCUAUGGACAGUCCUGGAGGGGCUUCCAUUCACAACCCUCCUCACUCUAUCGAAUUGAUGUCGGACGCCUCGGACCUCAGCUGAGGUGCUCAUCUCAGUGUCUUCCAGACUCGGGAUGUGGUCCCCACAGGAGGUGCAGUUGCACAUAAAUGUUAAAGAGCUCCAAGCAGUCCAACUGGCGUGCAGAGUCUUCCUGCCCCACCUGUCAGGCAAGGAUACAAGUCCUGACGGACAGCACAGCUUCAGUGUUCUACGUCAACAGGCAAGGAGGAGCAUGCUAUUUGGCUCUCUGUCAGGAGGCCGUCUCUGGGUCUUCUGCAUCAGCCACGAGAUCCACCUGGAAGCUUGUCACCUUCCUGCUUCAGGAAUACGCUGGUGGACCAGCUCAGCAAGUGCUUCUCCUCUCGCCACGAGUGGUCACUUCAUCCAGAGAUAGCCUGCAUGAUUUUCCAAAGGUGGGGAACUCCCCAAGUGAACCUGUUUGCUACCAGACAGAACAGGAAAUGCCACCGGUUUUAUUCUUGGCAAGGUCUGAGCCAGAGCUCCCUCUCUGAUGCCUUCCUCCUGUUGUGGAGAGGGAGCCUGAUGUACGUGUUCCCUCCAAUUCUGCUCAUCAGAAAGCCCUAGCAAAGAUCAAGAGAGACAGGGUGCAGGUUAUCAUGAUUGGUGUGGCCUCGCCCGCACUGGUAUGGCACACCCAUGAACCGGACCGUGGCCCCUCCCUGAGUCCUGCCAACCAACCAGACCUGCUGUCACAGGACCAUGGUUGGCUUUUACACCUCCAUCUCAGCAUAGAUGCUGCGUGACUGAACCCGCAGGCGUGGACCUGUUCGGAAGGGGUCCAGCAGGUCCUCCUGGAAAGUAGGAAGCCCUCCAUCAGACUGACUUACCUGGACAAGUGGAUGAGGUUUUCCCACUGGGCAUCUGAAUGAGGCACCUCUCCCCCUCAUUCCUCCAUACAGACUGUCUUGGACUGCCUGCUCCAUUUGAGGAACUAGGGCCUGGAAAACUCUUCCAUUAGAGUGCAUGUCGCGGCCAUCUAUGCUUUUCACCCACCUAUCCAAGGACAGACAAUGUUUUCCCAUGACAUGAUGGUCAGAUUCCUGAGAGGGCUUAAGAGACUCUUCCCGCAGGUACAAGCUCCCAUCCCACAGUGGGAUCUUAACUUGGUCCUUUCUAGGCUCACUGGCCCCCCCUUUUGAGCUACUGGAUUCCUGCUCCUUUUCUCACCUGUCAUGGAAGGUCACUGAAGCUAAAGCCUUGACCUUAGAGCCUCCGUACAUGGUCUCUACAAAGAUAAGGUUCAGUUGUGGCUCCACCCGGCCUUCCUGCUGAAGAUGGUCUCCACCUUCCUUAUGAGCCAGGACACCUUCCUCCUGGUGUUCUGUCCCAGACCACACAAGACCAGUGAAGAGCACAUGUCCCGCCCUCUUUCCCUCCUGUCAGAGUUUCGGGCAAGAAGGAACUGAGGGUGGAGAGAGCCCGUGGCACCCCUUAUACGGCGUCAUGCGGGCACCACUCCAGAAGGUGCCAGAGCCACUCCCCUAUGGAUACUGCAAAGGGAAAAACUUUCCGCACUGGUGCAUGUGGCAAGCGCACACACCUAAUAUGGAAUGGACAUGAGCAAUACAUCUCGAAGAACACC